AUCCAGCGCGAACACCGCAAGGGCGACAAAGAGGGGACCCGCGCGCCGGUCAAGGCGAAUGGACUUCCGGUCAAGGCGCCGAAGCCUACGAGCAUUUGCGCCAACUGCCGCAAGGAGCUCGUGAAUACCAACCUCAAGCAGCUGGAGACCCACGCGGAGACGCAUGAUCAGAAGGUGUGGACGAAGGAGAAGUGUUGGCCGGAUAUCUUCAAGGGCGUUUCUACACCGGCGGCUGCGGAGGGGAAGAGUGAGGUUAAGGCUUGA